AUGUCGAUUACCUCUGAGGCCAUCUGGGCCGCUUCACCCACCACAACUCGCGGCGCACCCACACCGCUGUCCAGCGACUUCAAGGGCGAACGUAUCACUUACGCCUCCAAUAAAUCAAUCUUCGUCCGGUCGAUUGACGAUCCCGCUGUCUCGAAACAGUACACUCAGCACACAGCUCAGACGACCGUUGCUCGCUUCUCUCCGUCAGGCUUCUACAUAGCUUCGGGCGAUGUCUCUGGCAGCGUACGAGUGUGGGAUGCUGUCGGAGCGGAAAGCACCAAAGGCGAAUAUCAUAUCGUCGCUGGUAAGAUAAGCGACAUUGCAUGGGACGGUGAUAGCCAGCGCAUUAUUGCAGUAGGAGAUGGCAAGGAGCGCUUUGGACAUUGCAUCACCGCAGACUCAGGAAACAGUGUUGGAGAGAUCAGUGGUCACAGUCAGCAGAUCAACUGUGUGAGCAUACGACAGCAGCGACCACUCCGAGCGGCCACUGGAAGCGACGAUAUGAGCAUGUGCUUCUUUCACGGAGCUCCCUUUAAAUUCAACACCAGUGUCAGGGGCAAGCACGACAAGUUCGUGUACGGGACGCAGUUCUCGCCAGAUGGUGCAAGUCUGGUAACUGUGGGAAGUGAUCGAAAGAUUUGGCUGUAUGAUGGCAAGACAGGUGAGGCGCAGAAGCAAAUUGGAGAGGGAGAGCACAAGGGAAGCAUUUUUGGCGUGUCGUGGGCUCAGGACAGCAAGAAGCUUGUUACUUGCUCAGGGGACCAGACGGUCAAAAUCUGGGAUGUAGAGGUCGGAAAGUGUACGCAGAGUUGGCGGCUAGGCGGCGAGAGUGGUGUGAGCAUCCCCGAUCAGCAGGUCGGAGUCACUUGGCCUGGUGGGCGCAGCGAUGGGCUAGUCAUCUCUGUGGACUUGGAGGGCAACCUGAACUACUUUCAAGAAGGAAGUGCGAAGCCUGUCAAGGUUAUCCGUGGGCACUCCAAAGCYAUUACGGCCGCUGCCGCUGCUCCUGGCAGCAAGACACUCUGGACGGGCAGCUAUGAUGGACGCGCUCGCUCUUGGGAUCUUGCACACGGCGCUGCAGACCUCAUCGAUGGCGAGACACACUCAAACUACGUCUCGGGGAUUGCCACCGAGGCUAACGGAGACCGUGUCUACAGUGUCGGCUGGGACGACACUCUUCGCACCGUCGAUGCCUCCCAGCUCUCCUUCACCGGCAAUGCCAUCAAAUGUGAUGGUCAGCCAAAGAGCAUAGCCGUUGCAACAGUCGCUGGCAAAUCGUACACACUCGUCGCCACCGCUACAGGGAUCACAAGCUACGUUGACGGCAGCGAGACGUCCAAGCAGAAAACUCCGUCGCCUCCCACAUGUAUAGCAGCUUCUGGCGAGACUGUUGCCGUCGGAUCCGACGACAAGACAGUACAUCUCUUCAGCGCUGCGACACCCACAUCUUUCGAUGACAUGGUCGUUCUGAAAGAUGCCACUUCACCCGUCUCUGCUCUGGCUUUCUCGAACGAUGGCACGCAUCUCGCUGUUGGGCUCAGCAACGGCAAGAUCUUUGCCUAUAGCAAGACAUCUGGUACAUGGAUGCUGGAAACCAACCGCUGGUCCGCACAUACCGCGCGUGUAACGAGUAUAGCCUGGUCCCCGGAUGGAACGAAGGCCGUCAGUGGUGCCUUGGACACAAACGUGUUUGUGUGGAGUCUGGCAGAUCCUGGCAAGAGAGUCAAGGCCCUCAAUGCUCAUCAGGGAGGCGUUGGCGGUGUAGUUUGGGUUGAUGCAGACAAGGUCGUCAGCAGCGGWGCAGAUGCUGCGGUCAAGGUCUGGAAGGUGCAGGGACUAUGA